CAUCGAUUGGCUCCGCCGCAGCUCAGCACUAACAAAGAGCAUUCAUGUGGAUGUGAUAUCAUUUGAUUUCAGUUAUUACCGUAUGAUAUGACGAAACUGCCCUCGCCCACCACACCCUGAAUCUCUAACUCCGUGUCCUUUCUUGUCCGUUUCCAAGAGUGAGAGCCACCAUGGACAGCAGCGGUGGAGGAAACCGAGCGGAGGCGGAGCGGUGGCUGUACACUGCGAACAAGCUGUUGACCGCGAGGGACCUGCACGGGGCGCGCUCCUUCGCGAUCCGCGCGCGCGAGUCCGACCCGACUUAUGAGGCCUCCGAGCACCUCCUGACGGUGAUCGACACGCUCCUGGCGGGAGAGUCGCGAAUCAACGACCACCACUGCGACUGGUACGGGAUCCUCCAAAUCCUCCGCUACACCACCAACAUGGACCACAUCUCCUCCCAGUAUCGCCGCCUCGCUCAUCUCCUCGAUCCCAGCCGCAACCUCUUCGCCUUCGCCAGCCACGCCUUGUCCCUCGUCAACGACGCCUGGUCCGUACUCUCUAAUCCUGCCAAGAAAGCCAUGUACGACACCGAUCUCCGGCUGCUCACAACUCCGCCGCCGCAGGCCCCGUCGCGUCCUCUUCCUCCUGCACAGCCCCAACCCACGCCCAGGCGAAACCCUAGAUCGAGGGAUGAUUCGGCUGAGACGACUCGGCCGAACUCCAAUCGUACCGAGUCCGCUGAGUCGACUCGGCAGACCGGAACCGUCGAAACCGACGGUGGAACGAGUUUCUGGACCUCGUGCCCUUACUGUUACGUUUUGUAUGAAUACCCAAAGGGGUACGAGGAAUGUACCUUGAGGUGUCAGAGUUGCCGAAGAGGGUUUCAUGCGGUGGUGAUACGGUCGCCACCGCCGUUGAAUGGGAAAGACGGUUCCUAUUGCAGUUGGGGUUUUUUCCCGUUGGGAUUUUCUGGGGAUUCGAAGGACGUGAACGGGUUAUCCUCCAAUUGGAACCCGUUUUCCCCUUUGUUUCCUUGCCCUUUGAAGGGGUCGUCCUAUAGUAAGCCUAAGAGGAACUGGGAUUACUAUGAUGAAGAGGCUGCCGCCGCGUUUAUCGAGUUAUCCGAUCCCAGUGACGACGAUUCCGGGGAUGGAGACUGGAGGGUUGUGAAGAGGAGUGGGAGGAAGAAGACUAGAGUUAAUAAAGAUUCUGGUGAUAGAAGGAGGGAAACUGUGGGGAGAGCUAGGAGGGGUGUCCAUACAGGGCAUGAGAAUGUGGGUUCAGGUGAUCCUGUUACAGCUGCUGGUGCUACUGCUACUGCUAGUGUCAAAGCUAAUUCUAGUGCCAAAUCUAAUGCUAAUGCCAAAGUCAAUGCUAAUACCAAAGUCAAUGCUAAUGCCAAAGUUAAUGCUGCCUCUCCUAUGCCUUCUGGUGCAAGGGCGGAGUCUAGUAAGAAGACUGCGUUGGGUGGUUCGAGAAGGAGGGGUGCUGGAAACUUGGGAAAGUUGGAUUUGAAUGUGGAGUUCAGCAAUGAGGUGGAGGAGCCUUCCCGUGGAGUGCGCGAUCGUGAAGGGAAUGCUGCUGGACAUGCUGAGGAUAAUAUUGAAGGGAUUGGGUUUUUUGAAGGCCUUGAUGAGUUCCUCAGUAGCUUGCCCAUUCUCAAUGUUGUGGCAGAUGAUAAGGUUAAGGGUCAUUAGUCUUAUAGAUGCAUCUUUUUUCCUGAGUGUUGUAGAAUUUAGAUGUUGUUACUUUUAUGUUUGUACCAGAUGCAUAAAAUGAUGCUGAGCUAUUGUGAAUUCUUGUCAUUGUUAAAUUAUAUAAUAAUUUCCGGCAAUGUGUCUACUUUAGUUUUGAACUAUUUGAGGAGGAUUACUUUGUUUUCUGUA